AGGUAAUCCAUUAAGCAUUGCACAGAAGGGAGGAUUAAAUUAACCUGUUUUUCAAUUUGUUGUCAAGCCAUUUCAUCCACAUGAGUGUUCUAUAUCAAAAAAAAUUUAAAAUUUUUAUCGAAACCAUUUCAUUAGGCCUUUGAAAACUGAUUUCACCCACUCAUAAGGGCUGUCGUAUUCCAGUUCCAUGGAGUGGAUCACGCACCAACUACAAGAAAGGAGGAUGAGACGACGUAUGAGGAUAAGAAAAACUAGACAAGCUUAUGGUAAAAAUGAAGACAACGAGGACUGGAUCAGUGAGAGAGAAGUUGAUGGUGAAACUGAGGACGAUGGGGACAUGAUCAGUGAGAGGAAAAGAAACAUUAGAGAAGUUGAUGCUGAAAAUGAAGACAACGGAGAUAGGAUCGGUAAAAGGAAAAGAAACAUUAGAGAAGUUGAUGCUGAAAAUGAACACAAUGGAGACAGAAUCAGUGAGAGGAAAAAAAACAUCGCUAGAGAAGUUGAUGGUGAAAAUGAAGACCACAGGCCAGACAGGAUCAGUGCCUUGCCUGAUAGCCUUCUGUUCCACAUGAUAAAUUUUAUGGACACAAAAUCUGCUGUUCAAACUUGUGUCCUGUCUAAAAGAUGGAACGACCUUUCCAAAUGUCUCACUAAUCUCACAUUUAAUUCUGAUCUCCCAAGCGAAAGCCUGGAUAGAAGUUUUAAGAAAUUUGAGUCUUGGGUUUUGUCUAGUCGCGAUGACUCAUAUCCCCUACUUAAUCUUACCAUUGAGAGUUGGAUCGAUGCUGAUGUUCAAGAUAGGGUCAUAAAAUAUGCUCUGUUGCACAAUGUCCAGAAGUUGAAAAUGAAUAUAAAUUCAACAACCUAUAGACCCAAUUUUAAGUCCCUCCCUUUAAUCUUUCGCAGUCAGUCUUUGACAUCUCUUGAGCUUUCCAAUAAGUUGAGCCCUUCUAGGUUAAAACUUCCAAAAUCUCUAUGCUUGCCUGCAUUGAAAAGCUUGCAUCUUGCAUAUGUUACAUUCACCGCAAGUGACAAAGACCGUGUUGAGCCCUUCUCAAACUGUCAUGUGUUGAAUACUUUGGUCCUGAGAAAUUUUUCUUUGAGUGCACAAGUCCUCAGCAUAUCUAAUUCUACCCUUUCCAGUUUGACAAUAUUUGAAGGACAAGCUUGUUCAAUUGUGCUUUCUACUCCAAAUCUUAGUUCUUUUUCCAUCACGGGUUCGGUUGGUCAUCAACUCUCCUCCACAUCCGAUCUUUCUUUUCUUGGAGAAGUAAAUAUAAAUAUUUACAUGCCUUGGAGUGAGACGAGUUUGGAUGGAAAAAGUUCAAUCAUCAUAAAAUGGCUGGGAGUGCUUGCAAAUGUAAAGAUAUUGACAAUUGGUUUGUGUGCCAUUCAAACAAUACUACAUGAUCUCUUAAAUCCCACUUCUAUCAGAACUCAACCUCCGAAGUUUGUUAGAUUGGAGUCGUUGAAAGUGAAGGUGGGCAACCCUUUAUCUACCAAAAACACAUCUGAUGAGAAAGUAACCCGAGCAGUGGAGUACUUGCUUCAAAACUCUCCAAUGCCCAGAUUUGAUAUAAUAAGAAGUGCUUAAAUGAUAUCCCUGCUUAACUCUUUAGGUAGAGUUUUACGCAGUAUCCAAUUUUUGUCUAUUUUAUGCUUCCUUUCUUUUUGUCUUAAAUACUUUUUUUACAGCUACUUGUAGGUUGCUGCUAUAUUCUAAGUGCCUGGUUUAUAACGGAUGUUAUAGAUUUAUUUUAUUUGACUUUGACAAAUGGAAAAUUUUAAACUUAAGAAA